AUGUCUAUGUCUAUGGAGGAUGUUGCUCUCAGAAUCCGGGAAAUUGCCAAGAAACAUAACUGGAAAUACUCGAUCGACACAAAAGAAUAUAAUCUUGAYGUAGCAAAAAUAUUCGACGAGCAAUCGAAUGAAGGCAACAUGAUUCUUGACUGUAUGACAUGGAUUCAAAACUUCCGKUAUUCGGUUACAAAAAAUCUUGAUUCAAAAAGUAGCAGCGGAUCGAGGAUUGAGUUACCAGGAGGCGGAUACAUCGAGCUCCCUCAUUGUGAGAUUGACCCACGUGACCUGAAUAAACAGCCUCGCUGUCAUUCUGAUAUAUUCCAAGAUGUAGACUUUGGUGCUCAACCCUCGCCGGCACAUCAAAGAAAUCAGGAUAUGCAGUCAGCACUUCUCUCCAAGAUUCAAGAACUGGAGCGCAAACUGGCUGACAAAGACGACAUCAUUCGACAAGAAGAGAAYAAAAACCAGAUUCUUCGAGAGCAUUUGAACCGAUUUGUCCAGAUUGCUGACGAAAAGAACAUGGAGCUGUAUAGUCUUCGGUUCGAGGCUAAUGGGGCAAUCAAUGAAUUACAAACACGUAUAUCACAACUCACGACACAAGUCCAGGAUCUACGAUCUGAGGUCAACAAGAAAGAGGCUGAGUGYAGUGAAAUGCAUUGCCAAGUAAAACUCGUGGCUUUGCAGCGAAGCAUGUUGUCCAAGGAGAGAGACGAACGUGUAAAUCUCCAGGAAAAAAUCAAAUCUCUUGAAAAAUCCAUUCAAGAUUUAACGACAAAGAAUACCAUACUGGAACACGAAUUGACAGUAUUGCCCAAAAUGAUGUCAUCAAAGGGAACCCCAAAAACCAUCGUCAAAGCGCAGAUUAAUCAUUGCGAUCCUGGGGACCAUCGCAAUGAAUCAUGGGAUCGAGCAGCUGAAUUGAUGACAGGACUACUACAAACAGUGGAUGAACAAAAGACACGUCACCGUUACGGCGACGACCCAGAAUGCAUUGAAGUGCUGGAGAGUCAUUCCACGCAGGCGCUGGCAUGUAAUGACAAUACUUCUUACAUCAAGAGAAGCAWGUCGUCGUCAUUCAGACAAUGGUUGAAGAAGAAAUCACCCAAGACAAAGAGAAAAUAAAUUAUCAUUGACCCUGAUUAUGGAAGAUAAACUCAUGAAUUUUAUAUCGUUGUAUUAUUUUUCUACAUAUAAAUAAUUGGAAUUAAAUGU